CGCCUUAUAACUCAUGAACUAAUAAUAAGAUUUAAAUUUGGCGCGUGCAUCAGCGGCGAAUCAUCCGAAGAUGAUCGGAAGCCGUCGGGUUUCAAAGAUAUACAGAUACUGGUAAGACGCUUGUUUAUUUUGUUAAAAAUCCUCGUAAAAAUCAGAUCAGCCGAUCAGCCAUCAGCCUCAAAGUUCAUUUCUCUCGGCAAGUGAUAAUAUGAUCGUCAUCGUAAUAUUGGUGGUUUGAUGAUUGCAAAAAUACUGUAGGUACUUGUAUCAACAACGAAAUUCUGAAAAAUGUCGUCAGUUGUUUUUAAAUCUUUGAUACUGGGUGCUCCAGCUUCGGGUAAGGGAACAAUUUCUUCUCGGAUCAUACAAAAUUUCAAUUUACAACACAUAUCCAGUGGAGAUAAGUUGAGACAAAACAUCCAGAAAAAAACUGAAGUCGGCAAUGAAGCUGAGAGAUAUAUAAAAGAUGGGAAAUUGGUGCCCGAUGAUAUUAUGAUCAAGUUCAUCAGUUCCGAAAUAAAGAAAGUUCCAAAUCAAAUGUGGUUAUUGGAUGGAUUUCCAAGAACCGUUUCCCAGGCCGAGGCUCUUUGGAAAGUGGAAAAACUAGAUUUGGCUAUCAAUUUAGUCGUCCCCUUUCAAGUUAUUAUCAACAGGGUGAAAGAUCGAUGGAUACAUCUACCCAGUGGCCGAGUAUAUAAUGUUGGAUUCAACGCGCCGAAAGUACCCGGAAAAGACGACGUUACUGGUGAACCUUUAGUUCAGAGAGAAGAUGAUAAGCCAGAGGUUGUUUUGAAACGACUGGAACUGUAUAAACAGAUGACCAAGCCAGUGAUAGAGUUCUACAAGGACAAGAAUAUACUGAAAGAUUUCCAUGGUGAAACAUCUGAUGAAAUAUGGCCCAAAGUUCUAGAAAGUUUGACUUUUUAUUUACCAUUCAAGAGUCAGACUAAUAACAAUAAUUGAUGCAGUAUGCUAUGAUAUCCUAUAACACACACAACAUAUAUUGUUAUUGUUAUUAACAUUUUUUGAAGAAAUUUUUACAAAUAUGAUAUUUUUCAAUACAUUACUUUUAAUAUCUGUUCUGUUCAA